AUGUUCAAGAAGGCUUUCGGCAACCUGAAGACGUCUGCACCGUUGCGUAGUUCGGACCGACGUAAACUCAAGCAAAAAGUCGUUUCAGCCUAUGGAAUCUCUCCAGAGGAUGGCGACCUUCUGGUCCCAGAUGGCUUGGAGUCGCUCAAAUUCACUACCCAUCUCGAUGAACCUGGAAUUCUAUAUCUCUCGAGUGCAGGUGACCCUUUGUGGUUCACCGUUGGAAAGGGCUCGGAGGAUCUGAUUCCGACUACGUAUACAUUGUGGAAGAAGCCCGAUCUCCUCCCGUUCCUCUCGACUCCGGAGCCCGUUAUUCCAAUACUCUGUGGAGGGGCAGAUCUUAUGAUACCAGGAGUGAUUCACCGCCCUCGCUCCCUCGCAGCGGGCCAAUUGGUCUGCAUUCGCAAGUAUUCUCGCAAGGAUGGGGUUCCUGAACUUUCGGUGCCCCUUGCCGUCGGAAGCAUGGCCCUACCCAGCGACCAAAUCGAAACCGGGCAAGAGAAGGGCAAAGCGGUCCACGUCCUCCACGUUUGGAAGGAUCACCUCUGGGAGUUGGGUUCGAAACCCGAUGUUCCUCCAGGAGAACCUCUCCAGUCCAAGGAAGAACCAAGCGAAUCUGGAGACGCUCCCGAGACCGUGGCCCAAUCCGAGGCACCACAAGGAGAAGACGCUCCGCCGCAACCUAAUAUUACGCCAACCGAUGCCUACAUUUCAUACACGCCUUCCGAAGUUACAGAACUCUUGCAAAUAUCGCUCGUACAAGCGAUCGCGGUGUUGCUCUCAAAAUCAUCCUCGUCGACCUUCCCAAUUCCCGCGACCCAAUUCUACACCAAUUAUAUCCUUCCAUCUCGUCCCGCAUUCCCGACAUACGUAUUAGCUCCUGCUUCCCUUGGAGCGGAUGCUUCGAAGACUGGUGAAGAACGUCCGCACAUCGAUCCCCAGGACAUCAAUAUCAAGGCUUCGAGUCACAAAUCACUUACGACGUUCCUCAAGGCCGCUGAUAAGCAAGGGCUCAUCACGACGAAAUCGCCGCAGAAGCACUCGCAGCAGUCGGACCUGCUGAUCCUGUCCGUGGCAUCGAAACACCCCCUGGUUGCAGCACAUAAACCUUACGCAUCCGUGAAGGACAUCGAACAGAAAGCCGCGAAAAAGGCUGAGCGGGAGAACAAGGACAGGGAAGCCGAAGCUCACCGGGAGAUUGAGGUGAAGGAAUUACUGAAACCGCAUCUGGUGACCGUUGAUCUGUUUAGUGCAAUGGGGGCAGACCCGAAGCAGCUCUACAUGCCCUCGGAAGUUCGAUCGGUCAUUUUCAAUUAUGUGACCUCAAACGACCUGGUCAACGCGAACGACAAAGCAUACAUCAACCUGGACCAGGUCCUUGCAGCCUGCGUUGCCGCGAAAUCGAGCGGGAAGUCAAAAGGAAAAGGGGUCGACGCUGGAGUAUCAAUCGAUUUCAUGAAGCGCGAUGAGCUUGUGAAACAGGUUACUUCGAAGAUGCAGAGCUGGUAUGAAAUUCAUGUCCCAGGAAAGGAUGUAGUGCAAAAGAAAGGAACUUUGAAACCCAUCCAGGUUGUAAUGAAGAUUCGACAAGGCCGUAAAGCCUCUACUUUAAUUACAGGGUUCGAACCCUUCCUGGUUGUUAACGGCGAUGAUAUGGCUGAGGAUCUCAGAAAAACGUGCGCUGGUGCUACCUCUGUUUCCCCGGUCGCAGGAAAGCCAGCUGGAUCAGGACUCGAAGUACUGGUUCAAGGUAAACAGUCAUCCGCAGUUCUGGAAUAUCUUACGGGAAAGGGAAUCCCCAAGCGAUGGAUAGAAGUUAGCGACCUGGUUGGACAGCUUUGGGAUCAAUAG